AUGUCAGAUUUUUCUUCCCAAUAUCGUGUUAAUGAUAAUGGAAGCAUUAAUUUACCUUUCGGCCAUGCAGUUGAAACUUACAUUAACUCUUUGCUAUUAUUAACCAACUGCAAACUUAAAAAACAAAGCCGACUUUAUGUAAAUCAGAAUAUCAAGGCAGAUGACAUAAUUGAGCUUACUGACAAGGGUCGUGAACGAGUGGCAAAAAUUAAGCAAAAUGCAACAUCAGACUUAACAGUAUGGCGUUGGGUUCUUUUUUGUGAUGGUAACAACAGUUGUGAAAGGGCUUGUGGUAGAAUUGGGGAAUAUAUUGAGGAACUCUUUCCAGUACAAUUGUUUGUUGAAGAGACACAUAGAUCACAAUAUAUGCCUGUGGUAUCACAAUCAAAAGUAUCAAGAAUAAAUCUUAGUCUCCAAGCUCGUGACCAUGCAAUUAUGGCACACUAUGCACACCACAGUUCUGGCGUAGAAAUUGCACUAAAAUUAUUGGCACCUUACAAUAAUACAAGCGAAAUACACCUUAGACAUACUAUCUUAGAUCAAUUGGUUACUACUGAAUUAAAAGAGCAAGGAAAGGUUCUUUAUUAUCAGCGUCAUAAUAUCUCCGUUUCAGAAAACUGCCCUGAAUAUUACUACCAAUUGACA